CCUUAUGUUUUCACUACAGAUUUUGUAAGUAUUUAUGUAUAUCUGGCAACCCAAGACUGGAGACGUGAUAGGAACAUUUCUAGCUUUUUAUUUAUUUAUUUAUUUAUUUAAUAGCACACAUUUCUCAACAUUGUGAUUCAAAUUAAGCUAAAGAAAUAUGGAUGAUUCAAAGUGCGAGAAUUCAAAUUAUGAAAUAUUAGCGGAAAUUGGCCAAGGCGCCUACGGGAAAGUGUACAAAGCGAGGGAGCUCGGUGAGAAACAGCGCCUCGUAGCGGUGAAGAAGCUCAACAUCAGCACAGACCCAGACGAAGGCAUCCCGCAAUUCAUGAUCCGCGAGGUGGCGCUAUUGCGAAAAAUAGGCUAUUUCAAUCACCCAAAUGUAGUGAAGUUGUUGGAUGUGUCGGCUGGUCUCAGGAAACCAGGUUUGGACCUGAUGCUGGUGUUUGAGUACAUCGAUCAGGAUCUGUCCUCUUUCCUCAGCACUGUUCCUGAGGACGGUCUGAGCCGAGACAAAAUAAAGGACAUAAUGCAGCAGCUGCUGAAGGGCCUGGACUUCCUUCACACUAACACUGUCAUGCAUCGUGACCUGAAGCCCUGUAACGUGUUGCUGAGCAGCCGUGGAGAGGUGAAGAUCGCAGACUUCGGCUUGGCGAGGAUCUUCAGUAACCGUAUCGCCCUGACACCCUGCGUAGUGACUCUGUGGUACAGGGCUCCUGAAGUGUUGCUUCAUUCAGACUACAUGUCCUCUGUGGAUAUCUGGAGCGCUGGCUGCAUCUUCGCAGAGCUCUUUCUGCUAAAACCUUUGUUCCAGGGAUACACAGAAGUCCAGCAGCUUCAGAAGAUCUUUGAGGUGAUUGGGUUGCCUGCUAAAGAGGACUGGCCUAAAGAAAGCCCUAUCCACUAUAAUCCAGCCUGGGCUAGACGAGACACCAGCACACAGCUGCUGCCGAGCCUGACCACAGAGGAGAACAACCUGCUUAGUCAAUGUCUGGCCUUCAGUCCAUCCCAGCGCAUCUCUGCUUAUAGAGCUUUAGAACAUCCUUUCUUGGCUGGUCCAUAACCUUAAAGCACAAUGAAGCUGACUUUUAUGAUGAAUGGGCCUGAUGGAGGUGAGAGGAUUUGCCUUGGAAUCCUCCAACACACACAUAGCCAGGAAAUCAAGUAAGGAAUAACACAUUUGGGGGUGUGCUCUCAUAGCAAAGCAAUCAACAACAACGGACAUCAGUUGAAACCCUGAAGUUGAUUGUUUUCAUAUAGCAGCAUAUCCUACAGUGUUUUAUUCCUCUUAGACUGCAGCAAUAAUUAUAUAUGUUCUUAUUUAUUAACAAACAACACCUCAUACCUUCUAUCAGUUUAAACUAUAAAUGUCAUAGCUUCUCUUUAUAGACCUGUGGAAAAUGUGUUUGUUUAAUUUGUGUUUGUAUUUACGUUUGCGUUAAUUCAAAAGAGAAGCGAUAAGUACUAAUAAGCUGUUAUGUAAUAGUUGGAUAUUUGACUCGAGUUUGUAUUCAAUAGCUGUUUUUCUAUGUACGUCGUUCUGACGUGUGUUCCUGGAUUUCCAAAAUGAUUACUGAAAUUUAAUACAGAAUAAAAUUCGUAGUUAUUGGCACUUUACUUUACGCAGUUUUGUACUGAUAAUUAAUUUUGCAUUGUACACAAUAAAAUGAUAAAAAUAGAAUAAAAAGGAAAAUAUCAUAAUAAGGUUAUAGCAGAAAGCCAGAGAUGUGUACAAACAUUAGGCAAUCAUAAAGGAUUGUAUUUGUUUUGUGUUAUCAGAAGCUCAGGUCAUGCUUGCUCAGCUGAAGUGUUUCAGCUAAACUGUAAACAACUUCAGGGCUCAUAUCUUUUACAAAUUUUCAGAGAGCUUUAAACUUUGUAUAAGGAUGAAACUGAUUGUUCAACAGCACAGUUCGGUUUGCAGUUUUUGUUUUCACGUGUUUCCACAUGAGGUUUUGUUUCCAUGCUGGAUUUGACACUGAACUGUUACAGCUGUGUCUGAAAAACAACAACCCCUCUUUAUGGUUUUACGGGUUGUCUAGGAUUUCAAAAGUGUCUUUGUAGUUACAUUGUUCACCCCCAAAGCAAUUAAAACAAUUAAAUGUU